AAACCUUUCGUCGUCGCCCUCAUCUCCCCGGUCUCGAUUUAUUUCGUCGCUUGGCUGCUGCUUCUCCGAUGGACCUCGCCAUGCCUCCGAACUCGAACUCCACUCCCGUCACCACCACCGGUGACGACGACAACACCACCACCGACUUCUCCCUCCCCCCGGUAACCCUCCAUAAGCUCCCCCACCUCUCCGACUACGUUCCCAACCUCACCGCCCUCACCAACCCCAUCGACCGCAGCCCCUUCUACCACCCCUCACCUGGCUUCUACCUCUCCACCUCCGACCUCAUCCUCCGCCAUAUCCUCUUCGACCUCUCCUCCGCCGCCGCCACCGGCGGUGGCCUCCUGGCUUACCACCGCGCGGGGCCCCGCCGGACCAUCCGCUUCGACCCGGCCGCCGUCCGAGCGGCGAUCGUCACCUGCGGCGGUCUCUGCCCCGGGCUCAACACCGUGAUCCGGGAGCUGGUGGUGGGUCUCUGGGACCUCUACGGCGUGCGCCAGAUCUUUGGCGUGCCCUCGGGAUACCGCGGGUUCUACUCGAUGGAGCCGAUGAAGUUGGACCCCAAGAUGGUGCACAACUGGCACAAGAGGGGCGGGACGGCCCUCGCGACGUCGAGGGGUGGGUUUGAUCUUGACAAGAUUGUGAAUGCGAUCGAGCAGCGGGGGUUUAAUCAGUUAUAUGUCAUUGGUGGUGAUGGAACUAUGCGAGGUGCUGUAAAAAUUUUUAGAGAGAUUCAACAACGCAAACUAAAUAUCUCCAUAACCGGGAUCCCCAAAACAGUUGACAAUGACAUUGGCAUCAUAGACAGGUCAUUUGGGUUCCAAACUGCAGUGGAGAUGGCGCAGGAAGCUAUCAAUGCAGCUCAUGUGGAGGCCGAAAGCGCAGUGAAUGGCAUUGGACUUGUCAAACUCAUGGGCAGAAGCACAGGGCACAUUGCACUCCAUGCGACAUUAAGCAGUCGUGAUGUGGAUUGCUGCUUGAUCCCAGAGAAUGAUUUCUACUUGGAAGGCAAAGGUGGGCUAUUCGAGUUCCUUGAUCAGAGGCUAAAACAGAACGGGCAUGCUGUGAUUGUGGUAGCUGAGGGAGCGGGGCAAGAUAUGAUACUGAGAACAGGUAAACAGAAAGAAGAAAAGGAUGAGUCCGGCAAUCCUGUGUUUUUGGAUGUGGGACCAUGGCUGAAGUCCGAGCUGAAGAAGUGGUGGGAACGGGACCAUCCUGGAGAGCUGUUCACGGUGAAAUAUAUUGAUCCUACCUACAUGAUCCGAGCAGUUCCAGCAAAUGCCACUGACAACUUAUACUGUACCUUAUUGGCACAUUCUGCAAUCCAUGGAGUCAUGGCCGGUCACACAGGGUUCGUAUCAGGUCCAAUAAAUGGCAAUUAUGGCUACAUUCCAAUGGAGGAGGUGGCGGUGGCACGAAAUGUGGUGGAUACAAAGGAUCAUAAAUGGGCAUGGGUCAGAUCGGUGACAAAUCAACCAGAUUUUCUGAAAUGCUAGAACAAGGGUGCCUAUAAAACCAGUGAGAGCUUUUUUAAGCCCUUAUGUCUAAAUAUUUUUGAGAAAAUUCAGUAUCGAUAUUUGACGGGAGUCUGAUAUAUUUUCAAAGCAUGAUUGUUACUCUUUUGAGACUGUCAUUCCUGAAAAUGUUUUCUGUUUAUUGUCAAUUUGCGACAUACUCUUUUACCAGUUUGCAUAGAUAGGGCAAAGGUCUUAAGCUACUACAGAGUAUCUGAUGGCUAAUGCUGCCUGGUAAAGAUCUCCAUGGGCUGCUUACCUAGCAAGUAAAUAAAACGAUUGUUGUGUUCUUA